GUCUUCGCUCGUCUCCUCGACUGUAAUUUCUUCUUCCUGGAUACGCGUUCAGGACAAAAAAGACAGCUUGGAUUUGUUAUUGUUACUAUUUUACAGAGUUUUAAUUUACCUGAAGGUUAUAAAUAUAGGAAGAAUAUACUUUUCAACGUGUAAUGAUUAAGGUCUCCUCGAAAAUAUCGAUGAUAACGUAAACAGGAAAGCGAGGUUGAGGGCGGAGAGUAAGAGCGCCACGUCAUUGAUAGACGGAGUCAGAAAAACCCACCGAGUUCCUGCUGGGAACCAGAGAUUACUGUUACACAUCUGAAGUGCCGCGAUCUCCAUCUGGUUUGACUAUUUAUUUAUUUCAACCUAAGGGAGAGGCGUUACUUAGUGGUUCAAAAUGACAUCGUCCAAUUGGGGCCUAAUCAUGAACGUGGUGAACAGCAUCGUUGGAGUCAGUGUGCUCACCAUGCCUUUCUGCUUCAAACAGUGUGGUAUUGUCCUGGGAACUCUGUUGCUGUUUUUCUGUUCGUGGAUGACCCACAAGUCUUGCUUGUUCCUGGUCCACACAGCCAGCAACACCAAACGAAGGACCUAUGCUGGACUCGCCUUUCAUGCUUACGGGAAACCAGGAAAAACACUGGUUGAGACAAGCAUGAUUGGUUUGAUGUUGGGGACCUGUAUUGCCUUCUAUGUUGUCAUUGCUGAUUUGGGCUCAAACUUCUUUGCACAGCUGUUGGGUUUACAGGUGACAGGCAGUUUUCGUGUGCUGUUGCUGAUCGCCGUGUCUCUGUUCAUCGUACUCCCUCUAAGCCUGCAGAGGAACAUGAUGUCUUCUCUCCAGUCUUUCUCAGCCAUGGCUCUCAUCUUCUACACCCUCUUCAUGUUCACAAUGGUGCUGUCCUCGUUCAAACAUGGUCUGCUCAGCGCCUGGUGGCUAGGGCAGGUCAAUGUGGUGCGCUGGGAGGGUGUGUUUCGCUGUCUCCCCAUCUGUGGGAUGGCCUUCGCCUGUCAGUCGCAGGUGCUGCCGACUUACGACAGCCUCGAUGAGCCGUCAGUGAAACGCAUGAGCACCAUCUUCACCUCAGCUCUCAAUGUGGUCACCAUCUUCUAUAUCACUGUGGGCUUCUUUGGCUAUGUCAGCUUCACAGAAAACAUUGCAGGCAACGUGCUAAUGAACUUUCCAUCCAACCUGGUGACAGAAAUGAUCCGAGUGGGCUUUAUGAUGUCUGUGGCUGUCGGUUUUCCUAUGAUGAUUUUGCCCUGCCGCCAGGCUAUCAACACCUUGCUUUUUGAGCAACAGCAGAAAGAUGGGACAUUUGCUGCUGGAGGUUACAUGCCUCCUCUGCGCUUCAAGAUGAUCACCCUCUGCAUUGUUUUUGGCACCAUGCUGGGAGGCAUUCUCAUCCCCAAUGUGGAGACUAUCUUGGGUCUGACUGGAGCCACCAUGGGCAGCCUCAUAUGCUUCAUAUGCCCUGCUCUCAUAUAUAGAAAGAUCCAGAAGAAUGAGAUCAUCUCUCAGCUGGUGCUUUUUGUUGGCCUGGGAAUCCUGCUGAUCAGCACCUUUACCACCCUCUCAAUCUCGGCCAGUGGCCCCAGCUACAAGGUCCAAGUUGCUCCUCCUCCCCCAGCACCAGGCAGAAACAACCCGAUGCUACAAGACCUCGGUGAACUGCAUGACAAAUCCCCAGUCAAGAACCCAGCGGAGAUACAAAAGCCAAAUCUUCCCCCUGUGGUGGCAAACCAGGCUGAGCCACCCCAGAUCAAAGUACCGGUUGAAAUACCUGAAAGGAAGAAGGAGGAAGUGGUGCAGUUGGACCGUCCUGACGCCGGUGUUGCAGUGCCAGAGGGAGAAGCCCAUCGCCAUGAACCUCCUGUACCUCACGAUGAAGUCAAAGUAGACUCAAGAAAGAACAAGGCAGAGCUGGAGAAUGACAAGAAGCAGGCCAUCCUUCCUGCAGGAGGUGUCCAAGAAAAGCCCAAAAUAGCUGAGGAGCAAGGUCCCGCUCCAAAUGUAGAUGCUCGAAAAGAUGACAAGGGGGAUGAGAAACAUGCAGAAGUUGCUGUGAGGAAGGAGGAAGUGGACCAGGGUGGAAAGGGCUUGUCAAAUGAGGUGCUAGAGAAGCCUGUUGCAGAAGAAGGCCAAAAGCAGGAUGAAGCUCUACUGAAGGACAAGGACAAGCUCAAUCCUGUUAAGGAUCAUCUUGCAGGGAAUGCAGCAGUAGUGGCCAAUCAAGCUGUGGUUGCACAAAUUGAUAACGUGGGCAAACCUAAGGAUGCUGCAGGGAAAGCUCCACUUCCUGAAGGAGAGCGUCAUCCCGUGGCAGUCGACGUUCCAGCUGCAGACAGCAAAGAUGCAGCCGAUGAGAAGAUGGACGUGAUAAAAAAGCUGGUUGCAGAGGGCCAGCUUGACCAUGCUGUGCUGCUGCAGGUGAUCAAAGAGCAACAAGAGCAACAGAAGAGACUUCUUGACCAGCAGGAAAAAUUAUUGGCCGUCAUAGAAGAACAACACAAGGAAAUCCACCAGAAACAACCUGCUGGAGCUGCUGCUGAUGGUGAUAUGGAGAAAGGAAACCUCCAGGCACAUUUGGACGUGGUGGAAGGUGGAGCAGCAAAACUCAAGGAGUCUGGCCUGGCAUCAGACCAGAAGGUAGCAGAAGCUGGAGUUCAACAGCCUGGAGGAGGUGAGGCUCCUGCUGUCGCCCAAAAUCAGGCACCAGCUGGUGAUAGUGGUGCCCAUGUGAGAGCUGAUAAAGUAGCUGUUGCAGCAGCUUACAAGGAGGAUGACAAAGCUGCACCUGUAAGAGACUCCCAUCAGCAAAGUGAGCUGGGCGCGAGGGGUGUGCCACUAGGAAAGCAAGGAUCUGAUGACCAUCAGCUUAUGGUUCAAAAUGAUCAGGCAGCAAACCUGAAAGAUGAUAAAAAAAGCCUUGAUAGAGAAAAGAAGACAUUGGAAAAUCUUCAAAAAGAAAGACUGGAGCAUGAAAUUAAGGCAAAACUGGAGAAGGAAGAGCUUGAGAAGAUUAUAAAAGAAAGAAUGGCUAAAGAAAAGGAGUUGGAGAAGGAAAGACUUGAGAAAGAAAUGAUAGAGAAAGAAGUGCAGGCAAGACUGGAAAAAGAGCAGCUGGAAAAGGAUAGACAGGAGAAGCUCGCAAUACAACAGCAAUUAGAGGAGAGAGCUGAGAAGGAAAGGAUAGAAAAAGAAGUUCAAGCGAGGGUGGAAAAAGAACGACUGGAAAGAGAAGCAAGAGAGAAGCUGGUCAGAGAACAAGUGCUAGAGGAGAAACUUGCACAGGAGAAAGCUGCUCAGGAGAAAGUCCAGCAGGAGCCACAGAAAGCAGAAAGUGAAGUAGUUGAGAAGGUGAAGAAAGAGCAGCAGGCGGAGGAAGCCCAGGAGAGGCUUGCCCAGCAGCAGCAAGUCAUAGAAGCCAAAUCUGCUGAAAAAGCUGCACAUGGGGGUGAGGAAGCAGCUGGUGAGUCUUUGAAGAAAGGAGGUAGGGACCUCAAAGUAAACGCUGCGGCUCAGGCAGACUCCAGAGAAGAGGUCGUAGACGUUUCCAUCAAAGCCUUGCCUCGCCUGCAGGGCUCCCAUGAGAAGGUGAGGGACCAGGGAGACCCGGAUUUAAAGCGGAGGCGUAGAGCGCUGGGACCCAGAGCAGCUCCAGCUCCCCUGGAGGACUCAGAGAUGUCCAGGGGGGUUCCUGGGCUGGAGCCCCUACUGGAACUGGGGGGCUCGGACUUGCAUGCCGCCUUGGAGCAGCAGUUGCUGGCUGGGGCAAUGGUGCACUCACGGCAGAUUAAACAGGCCUCAGAGGAUGAUGGAGCGAAAUAACACACUUCGUACACACACAUUCCUAUAUAAUGGCUUGACAGCACAAGCUGUACACAUGCAGAACCUUCUUUACUGUGGACCAUGAUUUAUUUGGCUGCCUUACAUUCUCUCUUGCCUUCUGAAAUGUUACAGACCAAAACAUUUUCUUGUUUGUUAAGACGGUGUACUCUAAAAAUAACCCAAAGUGUUUAGUAAAGAGAAAGAAUGUAUGUAAAUAUUAACUUAUUUUUAUAAUUAAAUGAGAGAAUUAUUGAAUUAUGAGGUCAUUGUUGAAGUGUAAAGAUAUCUAUGCAAAUUGUGUCUGUGGGGUUUAUUGACUGGGCAAAUGCUGUUUAAUAUUUGUAUUUGUAUUACUUAAAUAUUUCAUUGAGCACCUAAUGAAGUCUGCCUCUUAAAUAUAUAAUUUACCUUUUCAUUUUCUGGUGUUAGGUUUGCGUGUGUGUUACUUUGGUGUAGAUAUUGUUAAUAUGUAUAUGAGCUGGGCUUUAUUAGAAUCUAAACUGAUAACGUAUCCAAUGUAACGUGGGUGAAUAUACCUCAAUUACUGUUGUUAAAUCCUAAUUUCAGUUGAAGGUAACUGAAUUUAACUUCAUGCUGGAGCUAGGAGGCGAACUGGACAGUGAAGCAGCUUCUGUGAUUUAAUGACUAGAAUAAUCAUUCCAGCAUCAGCUUUUUUGUUGUUGGUUCAUAGGUGCCUUUUAAUCCUUAUGCUGCAGUACUUUGUGGUGUAUUUGUGUUCCAAAAUAUCCCUUGUUUUAAUCAGUUGUGGUAAUAACAUGUAAGGAUGGUGGAACAAAAACCUGAUUUUGUUUUUCGUUUCUUAGUAGCCAAUCUCUUCAAAUUAAUCCGUUACCAGCUGAACAUCUUGGACCUUUGCUUUCUACAAAUGUUUUUUUCUAUGUGCAAUGUAUUUCUGUACAUCUUGGUGAUAAGAAUAAAUAAGAUCUACUACAA